UUACUGCCUUUAUUGUCUCCUACAGCAAAUAACUCGGGUUAAUAUGACAUCUCCUGAACUCUACACUAAGGGAGCGUGUGUGUGGGUGCCAGAUUCUGAAGAGGUGUGGGUGUGUGCUCAGCUUGAACAAGACUACCAACCUGGGGAUCAGCAACUCACAUUAAAGCUCAGCGAUGGCACACAGAUGCAGUACCCUAUCGCACCCUCUACUGGUUUGCCCCCUCUGGGAAACCCGGAUAUACUGGAGGGUGAAAACGACCUGACAGCACUCACCUUCCUACAUGAGCCUGCCGUGCUGCACAACCUGCGCGUGCGCUUCCUCCACUACAACAGCAUCUACACCUACUGUGGAAUCGUGUUAGUGGCCCUGAACCCAUAUGAACAGCUGCCCAUUUAUGGAGAAGAGGUGAUGGAUGCAUACAGCGGGCAGGACAUGGCUGAUAUGGAUCCUCAUAUCUUCUCCAUAGCAGAGGAAGCCUAUCGUACCAUGAUCAGGGAGGAGAGAAACCAGUCCAUUAUCAUUAGUGGUGAGUCAGGAUCUGGGAAAACCGUGUCUGCAAAGUUCACCAUGCGCUACUUUGCUGUGGUUGGAGGAGCAGCUCAGCAGACCAGUGUAGAGGAGAAAGUCUUAGCCUCCAAUCCCAUCAUGGAGGCUAUUGGGAAUGCUAAAACUACUCGCAAUGACAACAGCAGCAGAUUUGGGAAGUAUAUUGAGAUUGGCUUUGGAUCUAAAGGAGAUAUAAUUGGAGCAAACAUGAGGACUUACCUCUUGGAGAAAUCUAGAGUUGUUUUUCAGGCCCCAGAGGAAAGGAACUAUCACAUUUUCUACCAGCUUUGUGCCUCCAGAAACCUACCAGAACUGAGGCCACUCAAACUUGACACUGCAGAGCAUUUUAGAUACACAAACCAAGGACAGGAGACAAACAUUCCAGGUACAGAUGAUGCCAUGGAGCUGGAUCAUACUCGAAAUGCUUUGACUAUUCUGGGAGUUCCACCUGACCAGCAGAUGGAGUUCUUUCGGAUUUUGGCAGCUGUCCUCCAUCUUGGAAAUGUUGGCAUCCAAGCCAGUGGCAGAGGAGGCGAACGUAGCUACAUCAAUGCAGAUGACAAAUCUCUGGUGGUCUUCUCCAAACUAAUGGGGGUUGAGGGCCCUCAGAUGGCCCACUGGUUAUGUCAUCAGCGUCUAGCUAUAGGUGGGGAGCUACUGGUAAAGCCUAUGUCAGCCCAGAAGGCUAAUGAGGCACGGGACGCUCUGGCUAAACAUGUGUAUGGGCAACUCUUUACCUGGACUGUACAGAGGCUGAACUCAGCUCUAAGGGCACAAAGAGAGCAACCUAAGACGUGUAUAGGAGUGCUGGACAUCUAUGGGUUUGAGACCUUUGACAGAAACAGCUUUGAACAAUUCUGCAUUAAUUACGCCAAUGAGAAACUUCAGCAACAGUUCAACAGGCAUGUGUUCCAGCUGGAGCAGGAGGAGUAUGAGCGAGAGGAGCUACCCUGGAACCGUAUUGAGUUCAGUGAUAACCAGCCCUGCAUAACCCUCAUAGAGGGCUCUCUGGGUCUCCUGGACCUGCUGGAUGAGGAAUGCAGAAUUCCUAAAGGCUCAGAUGAAAACUGGGCACGAAAACUGUACGACCAGCACCUGAACCGAAGCCCCAACUUUCGCAAGCCACGCAUGUCUAAUGUUGCCUUUAUUGUGCUCCAUUUUGCUGAUAUGGUCCAGUAUGAAUGUGAAGGAUUUUUAGAUAAAAAUCGUGACACAAUAUUUGAAGAGCCCAUUAAUAUAAUGCGCGCCAGUCAGUCAGAGCUGGUUGCUGAGUUGUUCCAGCAGGGGUCAGCCGGGGGCCCUCUCUCUGCCUCAUCUGUGCCUGCGAGUGUGCGUCCAGGAAAAAGAGCUCACCGCGAGCACAAACUGACGGUGGGCUUCCAGUUCCGACAGUCUCUGCAGCUCCUGAUGGACACCCUGAACAGCACCACCCCACAUUAUGUACGCUGCAUCAAACCCAACGACCUCAAACAGCCUUUCCUGUUUGAUCCUAAAAGGGCAGUACAACAGCUGCGAGCCUGUGGUGUUCUGGAGACAAUCCGCAUCAGUGCUGCAGGCUACCCAUCCAGGUGGACAUAUGAGGACUUCUUCAGUCGUUAUAGAGUUCUCCUUCAUAGUUUAUCUGUUCAGGAAGAUUUACGGGCAUCCUGCCGAAAAGAAAUUCCUGACCUUAUCCAUGACCCUGAGCAGUAUUGUUUUGGCAAGACAAAAAUAUUCUUUCGGGGGGGUCAGGUAGCUUUGCUGGAGAAGCUGAGGGCUGAGAGGCUACGGGCAGCAGGGGUAAAGAUCCAGAGCUGGGUGAGAGGCUGGAUCCAGCGCCGACGCUAUCUGCAGCUACGCUGGGCCACUUUGAUUCUGCAGAGAUACACCCGGGGAGCUCUGACCCGCAGAUUGGCUUGGACACUGAGGUAUACACGGGCUGCUCUGGUCAUUCAGAAGACUUACCGUAUGGUAAUAGUAAGGCAGCUGUACCUUACUGCUAGAAAGGCAGCAAUAACUAUCCAGGCCUUUGCCAGGGGCAUGCAGGCUCGCCAUGCAUACAGAAUGCUGCUGAUGGAGAGGGCAGCAGUUUGUCUACAGGCAUGGGUGCGCUGCUGGCUUGCUCGACGUUGGUUCAAACGCAUUAGGGCAGCGGUGGUGCUGAUGCAGUGCUGUGUGCGCAGGAGAGCUGCACGUAAGGAGUUCCAGAAGUUGCGAGCACAAGCUCGCUCUGUGGAGAGGUACAGAGAGCUCAACAAGGGCAUGGAGGUCAAACUCAUGCAGCUUCAGCUGCGUGCUGACCAGCAGGCCAGAGAAAGCGCAUCUCUACGUGAAUCUCUCCAUGCUGAACGCGAGUCACACAAUACAGAGGUGGAUCAGCUGCACUCAACUCUGCUCAAACUGCAGCAGCAGCUCCAGGAGCAGAGCCAAGCUGUUCCCUCUUUCACAGCCAAACAAGAGGAGGAAAAGAGGAGAGCUGAGGAGAGAGCAGCUCAGGAGAUUCACCAGCUCACACAGGAGAUGGAAGCUUUGAAAGAGGAGAGGGACUCUUUGGAAAAGGAAAGAGAUGAUCUGGUCACUCGUUUAUGGGAGCAGGAGAAAAUUCAAGAAGAGAGCAGGCAGCAGUCUGUGUUGCAGGCAGGAGCAGCAGUACAGGCCGAGCUGGAGGAGGAGAGGAGGAGAUAUCAGGGCUUGCUGAGGGAGUUUACCCGCUUAGAGCAGAGAUACGACAACCUGAGGGAGAUGAGCAUGCUCCCUACUUCUGAGCGUUGGCCUGGACACAGAAGAACUGAUUCCAUUCAGAGUGUUUCUUUGGACCCUGUUUCUCCCAUCUCUCCAUCCUUUGGCAGCUUCCCUGACUUUUCCUCUUCUGAGGAGAGCAGGAGGAUCAGCGUUACCUCACCUUUUGACAGGAGGCCCGGCAGCACAGAGGCACCUUUGAAUGCAUUAAUGGAGGAUCUGGGUGUGUCAAAGGACACAGUAGGAAAGAUGCAAGGAGAGGACCUUUACCAUGCUUAUGAUGCCGUCAGGGUGGCCAACAAGUUUCUGGAGAGGCAGCUGCUGGCUAAAAGAGCUGAGUGGGAGCAGGAGAAAAUUGUUCUUACUCAGCAGCUCCAUGAAGCCCACACUAGAGAUGCUCCAGUUAGCACAGAGCUGAAGGUGAUCAUCUGCAUCAGCUUCACUCACAGCUUCCCUCCUCCAGCAUCUCUCUUCAGUGAAGCUGACUCCUCUGCACUAACGCCUAUUCCUAUUGCUCUGCCAUGUAGCACUGAGCUAAUGGAGCAGCUGGAGGUUCGGGAACACGAAUGCUGCAGGCUGAGGAGGGAACUAAAGGAGCUGAAACACACAGUGACACUCAGAAAAAUUAUUUCUUAUGCAGGUCCGGCCAUGUCUGCAUCUCAGAAUACAGUGAAUACACCACAACAUUUGGGCCUGACACUGACUGGACUACUGGAGUGUAGGAAGAGAGAUGAGAACAGACUGAUAAAAAACCUCAUUACAGAUGUACGAGUGGAUGUGGCUCUUUCUCUGGCACCAGGACUGGCAGCACAGAUCCUGUUCCUGUGUGUGCGUCAGGCGGACUGCAGCAGGGAUGAGGCUCGGGCCCGAGGCCUCUGUAUCACUGUGCUGACUGCCAUCAAAGCAGCCUUAAAAAAGCACAGUGGUGAUUUGGACAUGACAGCGCUGUGGCUGAAGAAUGCUUACCUGCUCAAAGACCUGCUCACCCAGCAUUCACCCACACAGACAGGGAGAGGUGAGGAUGUGCUCCCACUGCAGGUGGAGCUGAAGGAGCAGGUACGAAUGCUCGGUGAUGUGUGUAUUCAGGCUUACCAGCAGCUCCUCUCCAUCGCUGAGAGCCGCCUGCAGCCCAUCAUUGUUCCAGCCAUGUUGGAGAGCGAGACCAUCCCAGGCCUGUCUGGAGCUGUGGUGAAGCUGGUCACCUCUCGUAAGCGUGCGAGUUCAGACCCUCGGCCUGCAGGCUCUCCGGAUGGGACCAGCAUGGCGACUAUACUGAGGGAGCUAGGAGCUCUGCACACUGCACUGGUGCGGCAGGAGCUUCCCGCUGCCCUGCUCGAACAGGCCUUCCGCCAGCUCACACACCUGCUCGCUGCCUGCGCACUCAACAGCCUCAUACUGCGCAAAGACAUGUGCUGCUGGAACCGUGGCAUGCUGAUCCGGUAUAAUGUGAGUUUGCUGGAGGAGUGGCUGAGGAGUCAUGGCCUGCAGACAGGGGGCGCUGCAGCCACACUGGAGCCCCUCAUCCAGGCAACACAGCUCCUCCAAAUGAGCAAGAAGUCAGAGGCUGACGGACAGGCCAUAGUUGACACCUGCAAUGCCCUGUCCAGCCAGCAGGUUUUGAAGAUUUUAUCACAGUACACUCCACAGGGUGAUGCUGAAGAGAGAGUCACGCUCCGUUUCAUUCGCAUUGUUCAGGGGCUGCUGAAGGGGCGUGUGGAUGGAAACAUUACUGCUGCUGGACUGUUGCUGGACAUUCGGAGGGUUUUCCCCGUCACCUUCCCACACACAUCGCCUUCACCAAUCAGCGCCGAGCAGCUGCACAUCCCGGAAGCACUCAAAAUCAACUUCCUGCACAGAGUCUGA